CUGGCUGUGGGAACCAGGAUCAAUGACUCUUCGACACUGGAUACAAUUGGCCCUGAAAGACACACAAGAGAAGAAAUAACAGCUAAGGUGACCAGGGCUUCUAAUGGCCAUGUUCUCUGGCAAAUGGUGGCCAGGGACCAGGGACACCCUGGGGGUGGGGACCCAGGGCCCAUCCCGGGGAGCCCAUCUCUACAUCUUAUAUGACUUCUCCUACAUUGGAGCAGACGGCCAGCAAGUGUCUCUGGCUGAAGGUGACCGAUUUCUCCUGCUUCGGAAGACCAACUCAGAUUGGUGGUUGGUGAGGCCUCUGGGAGCACCCCGAACCACCAGACCCCUUUUUGUCCCUGCUGCGUAUGUGGCUGAUGAGACUACGGUCAUUCGGAGGGCCUCUGAAUCUACUACUAGCCAAUUCCCCCGUACCCUUAAACCAAGUCGUUUUCACUCGUCCUUGGGAGAAUUGUCCGUGCCUCAGUCAUUCCGGUGUAAGCCUCCAAGCCUGUCCUGGCAGCCUCCUCUUCCAGCAAGAAUACAGAGAAGUCUCAGUGCCACUGGACUGAGUCCUGGCCCACCGCAAUCCCCCUCGGGCAGCCUGACUGGGCAGUCGGGCUCUCAAGAAGACCUGAGAUCUAGGAACGGAGCUAACACAAAGUCGGGACCCUGGUCCCCCAUGUCCGAGCCCCCUCUGUACUGUAACCUGGUGGACCUGCGCCGCUGCUCCCAGACCCCACCCCCAGGCCCCACUCGGCCCCCACUACAACGGCUGGAUUGCUGGGAACAGCAUCUGGACCUCGACUCGGGUCGCUGUUUCUACGUGCACUCACUGACAGGACAGGCGUCCUGGAAGCCUCCCCGAAGAGCUCGGGAAAAGACUCCUGACUCCAUGGAAGGGACCCCGCACCUGGGGAGAGAUGCCCGAGCCCAACAGGCUGAGGAGAAGAGUGCUGGAGCCCGGGAUCAGGUGUCAGAGACCCAGGAGACGCUCCCCACGCAAAUCUCCAUUUCGGACAACUCCAGAGGCACCCCGGCCCCGAGACCCCAGCCUCAGCUCCUGGAUGAUCCUCACGAGGUGGAGAAGUCCGGGAUGCUCAACAAGACAAAGAUUGCUGAGGGGGGGCGCAAGCUCAGGAAGAACUGGGGUUCGUCCUGGGUGGUAUUGGCAGGAAAUAGCUUGGUGUUCUACAAAGUUCCUCCGGCUUCGAUUCCUACUGGAUGGGGUCCAGCUGGCAGUCGGCCAGAGAGCAGUGUGGACUUAAGAGGGGCAGCUCUGGCCCAUGGUAAACAUCUGUCCAGCCGCCCCAAUGUCCUGCAUGUGCGCACUGUCCCUGGACAUGAGUUCCUGCUGCAGUCUGAUGAUGAGACAGAGUUCCGAGCCUGGCACCGGGCACUUCGGGAUGUCAUCAACCGCCUGGAGCGUGAGAACCCUCUGGAACUGCGACUAUCUGGGUCUGGGCCAGCUGAGCUUGAGGAGUUGAGCCAGGGUGAAGAAGAUGAAGAACCAGAGCCGAAGCCUCUGCUAGGAUUUCGAGGAGGAAGCCGCAGGAUCUCUUGUCGGGGCCCUGAAGAGCCAAAUCGUGUGAGGAACAAGCUGAAAAAACUGAUAGCAAAGAGACCUCCCUUGCAGAGCCUACAGGAGCGUGGACUGCUCCGAGACCAGGUAUUUGGCUGCCACUUGGAAUCUCUGUGCAAGAGAGAAGGGAGUACUGUGCCAAAUUUUUUCAGGCUCUGCAUAGAUACUGUGGACAAGAGAGGUCUGGAUGUUGAUGGUAUUUACAGAGUCAGUGGUAAUUUGGCUAUAAUCCAGAAACUUCGGUUCCUGGUGGACAGAGAACGAGCAGUCACGUCUGAUGGAAGAUACCUAUUCCCUGAACAGCCAGGACAAGAGGGCCGCCUGGAUCUGGACAGUGCAGAGUGGGAUGACAUCCAUGUCGUGACUGGAGCCUUGAAGCUUUUUCUUCGGGAGCUUCCUCAACCCCUGGUCCCUCCAUCACUGCUGCCACCCCUUCGAGAAGCCCUUGCACUUCCUGAAUCAUCGCAGCGUUUGUCCCGGGUACAGGAGCUCAUAGGCUCAAUGCCAAAGCCCAAUCAAGACACACUUCGGUGCCUCCUGGAACAUCUAUGCAGGGUGAUAGCACAUGCAGACAAGAACCGAAUGACUCCACACAACUUGGGUAUUGUGUUUGGACCAACACUGCUAAGACCAGAGCAAGAGACCUCUGACCCAGCUGCCCACGUCUUCUAUCCUGGACAGCUGGUUCAGCUGCUGCUGAAUGACUUCACCAGUCUCUUCCCUAAUCCAUGAAUCCUGGACUCUACCCUAUCCAAGGUUGUUGAACUGAUCUCAAUUCUGAAAAUGAGGGGCAGGAGGGAUAGGACUUCUGUUUGUUAAACAUAACAUUUGAGGAGGACUUCCAUCUGUCAUUUUCGUAAAACUUUCAUUUGUUUAGACACACUUUAAGGAGAAUAUCUGUUUCAAAAGGUGAUUUCCAUUCUAAAGAUUUCCCUAUGAGGGGAACCUGUGGUUUUUUUUUAAUUGGGAGAGAAGGUUCUUUGUUAAGGGAGUCUGGGACAUUAAUCUCCUUUAAAUUCUGUACCACCUAAUUUUAUCUUCUUGUAUUGGGAAGGAUUAUCAGGGUCAUUUUCAAUAAGGAAGAACUGAGCCCCCACAUAACACCCUGGAGGUAACCUGAACCCAAAGAAAAGGGAUAAGAUUUCCCUCUUAACUCUGGGUUCAUUGUGUUCCCAAUCAAGGACUGGAACUCUGCAAAUCUUUUAAACAAAGCUUAGAUAUGGCUCCUACUUACAAUCUCCCCCAAAGGUGGGUAAGAGAGUCUCUUCCACAAAAGGUAUAGGAUACCUAAAUACAGCUGUUUCCUUUCCUAAGUAGCUACUAAAGCUGCUGUUACAUUUUAAAUUCAAAAGAAUUAUCCAUGUAUUAACAAAUAUUUGAAAAUAAAAUAAUAUAUUGCAGCUAUUAUAGAAUUCUCAAGAGAUAAAGCCAUUUUAUGUGAUUGCUGCUGCUAAACAAAUAUCUCACAUUCGACUUUGAUUGAUACUGUCCAAGAAAAUGAAAAGAUUCAGAUCUUUUGGCCCAACCAGGAAUAGGUCUUUGUUCCUAGUUUCAAGAUGAAUCCUAUGAUCACCUUUUUUCCUGGAGAAGCAUAGUUGAUGGAAGCAUCUUGAGUUGGGCAGCCAUCAUUGAUUCAAAAACUUAGAAACUUCCAAAAUUGUCAGGUAGACACCAAGGUUGGAAAGGAUCCAUCUGAGGGUCUGUGGUUGUGGGUAACAGAUCUAUGCUUAGGAAAGAAAGACAAAACAGUAGAGACAACCAGGGAUUUAAGGUUUAGUCUCAGGUUCAAGUAGAAAGCACAUGCUCUUGCUGCUAUGUACUAGUAGCCACCAUUGCUAUGUCAGGGUGAAGAUGGGAGAGAAAUCGCUUCCCCUUCUCACUGAAAGUCCAAAGUAGAGUUGGCAAAAUCCUAAAGCAAUAUGCUCAAAAAAUAGAGUGAAGCCUUUCUAUCAACUAUUGGGGGGGAGGAUUCCUCCAGAUUCAGUUGCCAACUAUCUUCAAUAACAUUUAAUUCAGAAAAAUGAAGGGAAAUCAGGAGUUGCUGGGUCAGGCAAGCCCUUUAAUGAGGGAGAGGAGCUUGAGGAUAUGUUCAACCAAAAAAGCACUGGAGAAGUCCCCUGGUCCAGAAGAUUGAUGGGCUUCCAAAUUUAUACCCCUUAUAUUCAUUUCCAUAGAUCAAAAUCUAAGACAAGGCCCUAGAUGGUGAAGUGGAAGCAUAAUCUAGCCAAACUUUCCCAGAAUUCCCUCCAAAAAAAACUUUAAAAUAAUACCUCAAAUUGAAUUAUGGAGUUGUAGAGCCAACAAAAGGUCAGGGAAAGAUAUUUUUUCCAGCCUAGGAGUUCAGCAAGAAAGGUCUGUUACACUGGGGUGGGAGCCAACCUGGAGCAUCCUCAGUAUCAGUCUCAACAGCAGUGGACCUUAGAGCCUGCUACAAUAGCAAUAGCAGCAGCUUCGGAAACUCUCAGGCUCUGAGAUGGUAAGAGGGUCAGACGACCAAUCAGAAAGAGACUACAGAAAAUUCUCUGUGAAAAAAAGAGCUACAACCAAGGCUUCAAAGAAAAAUGCUAAUUAGGCAAAAGACCAAUAAGAAUUUCUGGAAAAAUUAAAGAAAGAGAUGAGUGGUAGUAGAAAAAAUUGGGAGAGGGGAUAAAAGUAAUUCAAAAAAAAUUAAGGAGGAGAAAUAACAGCUUGGUAAAAGAGAAUAAUACUUUGAAAACCUCAGUGCCUAAUGGUAAAAAAAAAAAAAAA